AGUGCAAGCAUUUUUGUGUAAUGGAACAUAAUUGCAACGCACUGCGUGAUUUAGUGUCGUAUUGAAGCGAGCAUUAAACAUAAACUUAGCUAUGUCUCGACUUACGAUCUUAUUUGUCAUCGCAGUAGCGUAUGAGGUAGUUGGAGAAGGAGUUGCAAAGGAAAAGGCCGCAGACUCUCAACCAGAACAAUCUGGAUACUAUGGCACCGCUCUAGGCGCCGGCCACGGAAUUGGCCUCGCUGGGGCAGCCAUUGCUGGCGGUGCUGGCCUCAUCGCUGGCGGUCCUGGUCUCAUCGCUGCCGGCCCCGCCGUCAUCGCUGGUCCUGGUCUCGUCGCCGGUCCCGGUCUCGUCGCCGGUCCCGCUCUCGUCGCCGGCCCCGCCAUCGGAAGCGGAGCCGCCCUCAACAGCGCCGGCUCCGUCGGUGCUGCCCAGCUCAGUGCCAUCCAGAACGCCCAGGCCGUCCAAGCCGCCCAGAUCGCCAACUCCGCCGCCGCCGCCAUCCAGGGUGCCCGUGUGACCGAGGCCGCCGCGAGGGCGGGACAGGCUAACGCCAUCACCAACGCCCAGGCUCUCGACGCCGCCCGCGUCGCCAACAUCCAAAGGGCUCAGGCCGCGGCCUGGGAGAACGCGAGGGCCAUCGAAGCCGCGAGACGCGCCGCCGCCGCCAGCGCCGCCGAGGUAGCCCGUGCCGUGGAGGCCGAGCGCCUGGCGCACGCCGCCCGAGUGCAGGCCGUCGCCAUCGCCAACACUCGCGCCGUGGAGGCAUCCCGCAUCGCCAACGCCGCGAGAGCGCAGGCCGCUGCCGUCGCGUCCAGCGCCGCCCAGGCUCAGGCUGUAGCUGACUCCGUCGCCAGGACCGCGCACGACGCCGGCGGCCUGCUGCUCGGCGGCGGCCCCGGCCUGGUCGCGGUCGGCGGCCCCGGCCUGGUCACCGUCGGCGGCCUCGGCGGCAUCGCCGGCGUCGGCCUGGGCUACGGCGCCGGAGUCGGCUACGGACACGGCUACGGCUACGGCAUCGGCAUCGGCAAACACUAA